CGUAUCCGCUUAUCCAUAAAUGGAUUAUAAUACUCGCACCAUAUGAAAUCCUCAACGUGCAGAGUUGCGACUAGAGGAUUGGCUCACAUAGUUUUGAAUUCGCUAUGGCUGCUGGAUAUGUUCAUAGCGAACCGUUUGACUCUGGUUAUUUGCCGGUCGGGUCAAUUCAUCAACUAUACUACGAACAGUAUGGAUUGAAAACUGGUCUUCCCGUCGUCUUUUUACACGGCGGACCAGGAGGCAAAGCUGGGUUUUCCAACACCAAAUUCUUCAACCCUAAAGUGUAUCGCGUCGUGCUUUUCGACCAGCGAGGGGCAGGAAGAUCCCGUCCCCGAGCGGAAACUGCGGAAAACACUGCUCAACUUCUAGUAUCAGAUAUAGAGACCCUCCGUGAACAUCUCGCUAUUUCGAAAUGGCAUAUGGUAUUCGGCGGGUCGUGGGGCGCGACACUAGGUUUGCUAUACGCGCAGACGCAUCCUGAACGUGUAGGAUCGCUAGUCUUACGCGGCGUGUGGACGGCUCGGGAACAGGAGCUCGAAGGUCAUAGGGGGAAUUCGAGUGUUCCCGGUAGGGUGUAUCCUGAUAUGCGCGAGAGAUUCGUCAAUUUUAUACCGGAGGGCGAAAGACAUGAUCUUAUCGCAGCGUACUACAAGCGUCUUACAUCGGAUAACCCGGAAGUAGUUUCCGCUGCCGCUCGAGAAUGGAAUAGAUGGGACUUGUCGCUUGGAAGUCUAAGGCUGGACCCGAAGGUUUACGACGCGUUGGAAGACGAGGAAUGGUGUCUUGCCCAUGCAAAGCUGGAGGCACAUUACGUCUUUAAUCACUGCUUCAUGGAAGAAGGACAUCUGUUGGAUAAGAAGAAUAUCGAGAAGAUGAAACACAUACCAGGUGCGAUCGUUCAAGGCCGAUAUGAUCUUGUAACGCCGCCUCAGACGGCAUGGGAUUUGCACAAGGCGUGGCCGAAUUCUAUCCUACACUGGAUACCGGAUGCUGGACAUAGCGUUUGGGAACCCGGAACGUUUGCGAAGUUGGUAGAAGUUUGCGACGACUUCGCAAAUAUUCACAAAUAAGUUGUAAUAAGAAUGAUUGUACAGGGCGAGGUAAUACCUAUAUCGAGCGCCUAGGCAACUGAAAGCUACGAAUAUAGUGGCCUAGUAUGGUGGCGUAACCACCCACAACAGCAAAUCACUGGCUUGAAGGACUUGGGGAAAUAGCUCGGCAGGGUAGUUAGGGAACACGAUAGGGGAUGUGAGGGGUGAUAAUUGCUAAAUAUCAAAAUAGGCCCUAUAAUAAUCGAGAAGUAAGCGAGUUCGACCCCUAGA